AUGCAACCUUCACAAAAUAAUAAUAAUGUAUCCAAUAUUACUAACCCUAAAAAUAAUCUUUAUUUUAUUGAAAACGAAAAACCUCAACUAAAAUUCCAACAUGAUCUAUCACGUGGAAUAGGCGUUAUUCCUAGCGAACACGGUGAACCUGCUCAUGAACCUAUUCUCACUGCAAUAGAAGACAGCAGCCCUUAUUUGAUACAUCACUCGGGUAAAUCCAACGAUGAUUAUACGUCAGGCUCGGUCCCACCAUAUGAUAUUGGAUAUGACUCGAUAGAAGAUGACAAUAAUACCGAAGAGGACGAGGGUCCAUUGGAAGCUCUAAAACGCCAAGAAGAUGCAAAAAGAACGCCUCUACAAAACAAAAUUCAUUAUUUCCUUGAAGCUCCGACUUCAAAGUGGGCUAGGGCGUAUUCUUGGCUUUCUUUGACCGUUAAUUUAACUUCUAUUUCUAUUCUUUGUGUUGAUUCAAUCCCUAGUAUUAUGGGUCAUGAAUUCUAUGAUCGAAUUUGGUAUCGUAUGGAUAUUGUAUUUGUAUCUUUCUUUACCAUUGAAUAUAUUCUUCGAUUUUAUUCUUCUUCGAAUAAAUUAAAAUACCUUUAUCAGCCCUCGAACGUCAUUGACCUAAUAUCAAUCAUAGCGAUUUACGUACAAUUAAGUAUUACAACCAGUCACAAUCCAUCAAGUCCCUUGGGUCCCGCUUUACGUUUUAUCGGAAUACUUCGGUUGUUUAGAAUUAUAAAGUUAUUACACAUUUCCAAGCAUGGAAGUGGUUUCGUGUUUAUUCGAUCUGCUUAUCAAUUAUUUAUUGGUUCUAUAUACGUGUUAAUCAUUAUAAUUGUAUCAUCAGUAUUUAUUUAUUAUGCUGAACGUGGUGAAUAUAAUUCUGAUAAUUUGACUUGGUAUCGUUAUAAUGAAAGAGGACAACUAGAACGUAGUCCUUUUCAGUCAAUUGUCCAUUGUUUUUGGUGGUCAAUAGUCACAAUAACUACAACCGGUUAUGGUGAUGUUGUUCCAGUUACUGGUAUAGGAAAAUUCAUCGCUGGUUUAACCAUGUCUCUCGGUGUUUUGGCUAUCGCCUUACCAACAACCAUAAUUGGCUCUAACUUUAUGGCUGAAUGGGCCGUACGGCGGCGGUCGAAAUUUCGACACAUGUUACACAAAUCACAUGACAAGUCAUUUGCCAAACUUCCAAGUGUAGCGAGGUCAAAACUCCUUCAAGAUCAAAAUGAUACAAUACUUGAAGCUAUAGCAGAAAUUCAAGAACGCUUGGCUCAAAUAAGCCCUCCAGACUAUUACAUUAGAUAUAAAACUUUUAAACAAAAACAUCAACAAGCUUGUGAAAGAAUAUUGGAAUUAGAACAACAAUUAGAAAAACAGAAACGCAUUACAAAAAAUUUUGAUAUUUUUAUUAGAAAAGUAAAAAGCUUUAAUCAUAAUAAUAAUAGUGAUUCUCUAACAGCGGAUACUAAUGAUUCCAACGUUGGAAAUGAUAAAAAACCACUAAAGUUUCCACAUUUCAAGAAAUCAAAAACUAUUUCAAGUUUUGGGGACUCAUAUGCCACAUUUCAUAAAAAUUUUAUCCACAGUGGAAGCAAAAAUAUUGACACAGAUAACCAAUCAGAGAUAAAGCCAAAGACUCCAAAGAUAUUUUCAAUUGGUACUCUAAAAAAAAAAAUUGCAAGAACUUUUUCCACUGAGGAUGCUAAAAGUUCAAAACAUAGAAAGCAUUCUAUUGAUAAAAUUGAUAUCAGUGUGCCUAUAGAAGUUCGCCCAACAUUCAUACCUAUUACUGACACCAGUAGUAUAACUACUACGCAUUCAUCCAUUAUGUCACCGCCUAAUGAGAAACGCCCUCAUUAUCGCAGAAAUAACAGCUCUCCUGAAGUUAUCGUAACGAGUAUAUCUUCAGAUAGGCAUUCUAGUGGCUCCGUAAAUCUAGUUGUCGAUAAUAGGCAAAGAGGAAUUUUCAUCCAGGAUACUAAUUCUAAUCAUCCGAUUCCUCUUGAUAAUUUAAGGCCUCCACGGAUUAUUAAGGUCGAUCAGGGUGGAUUGCAAAAUAUUACUAGACUGUCUAGCUAUAAUAGUAAUGAAGGAGAAAUGGAUCGGAUUGAAAUCCUAGUGGACGAACAAUAA